AUGUUGGUGGAACCAGUGCUGCCAAGAUCGAGGACAUCAUCGGAUGUAUCGCAGGCGAUCAAUGUGGGAAACAGUAACACACCGAAAACUGUGUUGGUCUUCGUCAGCGAAUACUGCGUGGUUCAUCGAGAACGCUUUGUGAGGAACUGUCAUGAAGAAGUGGCUGAAGAAGAGGUUCCGUUCUGUGAAACGUACCCGUCAGUGUGUGCAUCAACCAACGGCGUCAUACCAGUACUUACCUACUGCCAACGGGGCAAUAUCUGCCUUCCCGAAUUGACACAUGCAGAUACGGUCGAGCAAACUAAAGCGUCGGUCGAGCACCCCAAAACUUCACUGCGAAGGUGUGAAGAUGUCCUGCCAGAAGCUCGUAAAGUUUGCAACCCGUUCCCACAUCCAAAGGAUACCUUCAACGUGUUGCGAUGUUCGAAUUUCCUGACCAACUGCAAGAAGUUCGUCGAUUGGGUCUGA